UAGCCGGGCGGGGCCCCAGCGAGGCCCGAGCUCCAGAGCCACUGAAGUUUCUGCUGCGCCAGCGCUGGGGCCCACGGUGUCGCUCAGCCCGCCUGACCUAACCUGGUGAUGGCCCCACUGGUUGCUGUUGUAUCUAGUCCACGUGCCCGGCUCUUUGCCUGUUUCCUCAGGCUGGGUACUCAGCAGGCUGCACCCCUCCAGCUGCACACAGGAGCCUGCUGCACGGCCAAGAACCACUAUGAGGUGCUGGUGCUGGGCGGGGGCAGCGGGGGAAUCACCAUGGCCACUCGUAUGAAGAGGAAAGUGGGAGCAGAGAAUGUGGCCAUUGUUGAACCUAGCGAGAGACAUUUUUAUCAGCCAAUAUGGACAUUAGUGGGUGCUGGUGCCAAACAGUUGUCCUCGUCCGGCCGUUCCACAGCAAGUGUGAUUCCAUCUGGUGUGGAGUGGAUUCAAGACAGAGUGGCCGAGCUGAACCCAGACAAGAACUGUAUCCGCACAGACAAUGGCAAGGAGAUCUCCUACAAGUAUCUUAUCAUCGCUCUUGGAAUCCAGCUGGACUAUGAGAAGAUUAAAGGACUCCCUGAAGGUUUUGCUUAUCCCAAGAUAGGGUCCAAUUAUUCGGUCAAGACGGUGGAGAAGACGUGGAAGGCCCUGCAGGACUUCAAGGAGGGCAAUGCGGUUUUUACCUUCCCCAACACUCCAGUGAAGUGUGCGGGCGCCCCUCAGAAGAUCAUGUACCUGUCAGAAGCCUACUUCAGGAAGACCGGAAAGCGACCCAAGGCUAAUAUCAUCUUCAACACUGCUCUUGGAGCAAUCUUUGGGGUGAAGAAGUAUGCAGCUGCCUUGCAGGAGAUCAUCCAGGAGAGGGACCUCACCGUAAAUUAUAAGCACAACCUUAUUGAAGUCCGAGCUGACAAACAGGAGGCUGUUUUUGAGAACCUGGACAAGCCUGGGGAGACACAAGUAAUUCAGUAUGAAAUGCUUCAUGUCACACCACCUAUGAGCCCGCCAGAUGUCCUCAAGACGAGUCCUGUGGCAGAUUCUGCUGGCUGGGUGGACGUGGACAAAGAGACUCUGCAGCAUAAGAAAUACCCAAAUGUGUUCGGCAUUGGGGAUUGCACCAACCUUCCCACCUCCAAGACGGCUGCUGCAGUAGCUGCCCAGUCAGGAAUCCUUGACAGAACAAUUUCUCUGAUUCUGAAGAAUCAAAAACCCACAAAAAAGUAUGACGGCUACACCUCAUGUCCACUGGUGACCAGCUACAACCGGGUGAUUCUUGCCGAGUUUGACUACAGAGGCGAGCCUCUGGAAACCUUCCCCUUUGAUCAGAGCAAAGAACGGCUUUCUAUGUACCUCAUGAAGGCUGACCUGAUGCCGUUCCUGUAUUGGAAUAUGAUGCUAAGAGGCUACUGGGGAGGUCCAGCCUUUCUGCGGAAGCUGUUUCAUCUGGGCAUGAGUUAAGGAUGGCUCAGGGCUUGCUCUCCUUGGAUGGCUUCUGGACCAAAAUCGCAGUUACUGAUUGACUAUGAAGGACACGAAGGACUCAGAACCUCGCCCUGUAAGGAGUUCUUCUUACUGGAUGUGGUGACCUCUCUCCACCUCUGAGUAGCUAUCAUGUGGACGGCCCAGAAUGGGCUUGAUUCUUUGGAGAUGGUCAAAUGAAAUAACAGACUUCUAUUUUCUGAAUAAAACUUUGUCAUUGAUUGACUUGUAUGAGAAAAUAUCUUGCCUAGAAGGAAUGGGAAGCUGCGGCACUUGGGAGAAGAAGCUGGUGCUGGUGGGAUGGCGUUCUCGUUGUUCACCUCAUACAGCCUGCAUUACUUUACAGAGCCCGAGCCACUGAGCAGAAUGAUCCCAUGACAGCCUUGCAAAGAUUGUCACAGCCCUACACACUGCAGCUUAGAACUUGUGCUGCAGGAGUCAGCGUGGAGAUCAGAGAGUCCACAUGCCUCCCCUUGGGUGCUCAACUGUUUGAGCUGAGUCUGUGCUUUUCCAGCCAGUGGCAGGCACUGUGCUUGCUAAUCUCUGCUAAUCCUUUGGAUAUAGGGUCCUAUGCUGGGCAGUUUUGGCUCCAGGAGCCUUAUCAGCUUGGCCAAACCUAAGGUUUUUCUUUCUUCUCUCUUUUAUUGGGAGUACCACCCGCACCAUAGUCUGAAGGUCAGCUUUACCCCUUCUCCUUCCUUCUCCUCUAUCCUGCAGGGCGUUUCCUCUACUAAAUUUCUUCUUAACCUAAUUCUCUCAUGGCACCCAGGUUUCGCAGAGAACUUAUACAUGCUUAGUAAUGUUGAAUUUGAAGACUGCCAGUGGGUGUGGUGAGUAUUGGCUUAGCUCAGCUGCAGUUUGCCCGAUAAAGUGUGGUGAGUUGGCAUUGGAGACAGCUCCAGUUUCUUUGGAGCCCAGUAGUAGCUCCAAAUGAUUUGCUCCCAACCAAUUGAUUAUAGAAGUUUAGUUUCAGUCAGUCUAGAAUUUUAGAGGCAUGUAUAUUUCAUAUUCAUAAAUGUGUUAGAUUUUUAUAACACUUUAGAAAUGAAACCCUUUUUAUUUGUUACCAAGUCUCUCUGGGUGCCUGGGGUUCUCCUUAUGAUUCUAGAAACCCCAUUCAGACUUUUAUUCAUUCAACAAAUAUUCAUUCAACACCUACUAACUGCUAAGGACUAGUUCAGCUUGGGGAAUGCAGUGAGGAACCAGAGUGAUAAGGAGUUUGCUCUCACUUUUGUAGCCUUGGUGACAGCAUCUUUCCUGGGAUGCCAGAGAGCUGGCUGAAUUAGACAUGAUUUGAUUUGGGAGAACAGUUUCCUUUUGACUCUGGGGGAGGGUGGAACCCCAAGCUAGCAGGAGGACCUAAGCUAAUGGAAGUGGAAGGCUUUCCCUGGAGUUGACUGUGCCAGUCACUUUCCUGCUGAACCCCGUGCUGGUUCAGACAUCAGUGGCAGUCCUUUCAUUCUCCAGGAUAUCCCUGGUUGUACAGUAGCCUAGAACUACUUCCUCAUUCUGCUCCCAGGAUGGCCAAGCCUUGCUGCCCAUGGUGCUCAUAUCGGGCUGGCCAAUAGCCUUCAUGUGGCACACAGAAAACAGUCAGAGAAGAGAUAAGGUCUCUAUCUGAGAAGACCUGUGCUCCCUGGAAUCCCUGUGCCCUAUCUUGUGCAGGAUUUGGGUUGUGUGUUCACUCUGUAACAUUCUCACUGCAGGCUCCAGGAAGACCUGGGAAUAAUUCAGAAGGGACUGACUCUCUGGAUGUGGGAAGAAAUGCUAUAAGAAUGGGCCAUGAUUCCUGGUAUGGGCUAAGCCUCUUGGUGGAGGAAAUGUGAAAUCCUUUACAGACUUCACACAACCUCUUGGUCUGCUUAUGCCACUGCCUUCUGAACAAAUUCUCCAAGCGUGGAACUGCUUCAGAGAUCACGUAUACAAGAGUCACUUUCGGCCACUGCUGUAGGAACCAUGACCUACUGGUCCACACGUUGGUCUCUAGCUUUCAGUUUUCCAAGCUGGAGAAGAGAGCAGCUGUGCUCAAUUCUAGAAAAGCUUAGCAUUUGAAACCUUUCCACUUCAUUUGCAAGUCUGGGGCUGGUCAAAGGAGAGGGCAUUUUUGGAAUUGUCUUUAAAUUAGGAGCAGGGGUCAGGAAGAGGAGAGUGAGGCUUGCCAUGUGGUAGGGGUUCAGGUUUCUGGAAGGGCAGUGUCUUUGGGUGGGAUGAAGUCACAGGUUCUUCUGGUAGACAUAAGUCUUAUACACAUUUCCUCAGAACCCAGAAGUGACAGGCUUGGGACUACUGAGCUAGGGAAUCUUUUUACCUCUUGUUACCUUUGCCUUCAGAGAUUCUUCCUUAUAAUUCCUUUAUCUGGAGUUACAGAUGGUUAUGAGCCAUGGUGUAGGUUCUGGAACUAGAAUCUGGCUCCUCUCAGGCCUGGGAAAGUGGUAUGUGAAGUUGUUGACAGAGGUUUCUGUCCCACCAGGUCCCAGAGUCAUUAAGUUCCAAAGAAAUACACAGAGGUCUACAUUAAUCAUAAACUGAUUGGCCUGUUAUCUCAGGCAUUUCAUUAACUCUUAUAACUUAUAUUAGCCUAUAAUUCUUGUCUGUGUUAGCCAUGUGACUUGGUACCUUUUUUGGCGAGGCAGUUCACAUCUUGCUUCCUCUGCAUCUGGGUGAUGGCUGCAGACUGAAACUUCCCUCUUCCCAGAAUUCUCAUUACCCCGCCUCUAUUUCCUGCCUGGUCACCCCGCCUAUACUUCCUGCCUGGCUACUGGCCAAUCAGUGUUUAUUUAAAAUACAAGUGACAGGGUACAGACCAUUGUCCCACAGUAUGAAGGGAUUGAUGGAACUAGGUCAUCGUUUAGAGAUAUAGGGAGGAGACUGGACUUAAGUUUUUGGCCAAGGUUUGAGGUUUAGAUUUCUUUCUUUUGUAUAAUGCAUGUGAAAGUUUCCCUCAUAUUUAAAUUUUGUAGAAAAUAUAAAGAACAGAGACAAAAGGAAUAAAAGUGAUAAGUUUAUCCAACAUCAAGUAAUGACAGCAAACAGCAGGCAGGUGUCUCUUCUUAAGCUUAAUAUUACAAAUUUGGUUCAGACUAAACAGGUUAUAUUUAUGAGUAUGUAUGUAUAAACAUGUACAUCUGUGCAUGCAAUAACAAUUACUGAGAAAAGCGGCCAUGAAUUUGAAGGAGAGUGGGGAGGGAUAUAUGGGAGGCUUUGGAAAGAGCAAAGGGAAGGGAGAAAUGGUGUGAUUAAAUUAUAAUCUUAAAAUAAAUUCCAAAACAAAUUAUUGUUCUUUUUGAGGAAGGUGGCUUUUGUAAUUCAAUAUGUAAAAGCAGUUCAUGUUA